GAGGACUGCAUGUACUUAUGGCUGAGUGGAAAAACUACAAGAGGAGAGCUUAAAUAACUCAAAACAGGAAAAGAGACAAAAAAACAAAACACAGCGCUCGUGCUCGUUACACAGACCCUUAAAAAACAAAAAAAAACAUGAGUGAUGUGAGUGAAGAGUCGCUGCUGGAUUAUUUCUACUCCACCGGAGGCAAUUCAGGCAGAGUCAAAAAUGCAGAUAUACUGAAGACAUUUAAGCCUUUUAUUGGCCAUAGUGACGUGCAGUUACGUGCUAAAUACAGAGAAGAAUUCAAGCUCAUCAUCGACCGGAUCGCUGUGGUGAAGUCGGAGAAUGGUGAAAAGUAUCUUUUCCUAAAGAAGAAAUACAGGCAGCUGCUGCAAGAGCGAGACAGUAAAAAUCAGGGGACAGAAGUGGACGGUCUGACGAAUGUAAGCACGACCCGAACGCCGGCCGCUGUACAAUGGGAGGUGACGGACACCUCGACCGCUUCUCUUCUCCAGAAGGAACUUCAAGAUGAGCUGAUGACAUGUGGAGAGCAUGAAAGUGCUGCAGAGUCUGAGUCGGAGCAAGACGAAGAGGGAACGGGCAGUAUGGGCUCCACUGCUGUCGCUCUGGAUCCGAUAGAGAAGGAGUGGAUCUACUCGGCCGCCGGCGCUCGAGUCCCUGACCUCUCUCAGCUGCUCAGACAGGACCCGUCACUGGCAAACAAGAAGGAUUAUUUGAGCAAUACAGCUCUGCACUGGGCCGCCAAACAUGGCAACGAGGACAUGGCAGCUCUGGUCGUUAACGCCGGUGCCGAUGUCAACACUAAAUCAGUGAGUGGAUAUACACCUUUACACAUCGCAGCGUUACACGGUCAUCAACAUAUUCUUGACCUGCUCGUAGGGUCAUAUGGAGCUAAAGAAAACUUAAGGGACUACAGUGGACAUCUUGCCCUCCAUUAUCUGAACAUCAAAGAACCAGAAGGUCCGGAGGAGGACUGUGAGCUACCGUUUCAAGUCACUCAGGCCAGAGAGCGAAACAGGAACAGAAAGUUGGCGUCGUUGUUCCACUCCAAGAAGAAGUGGGGCUCGGCGGAGGAGCUGGCUCCGAUAGAGGAGGAGAGGAUGGCGAUGGCGCCGCAGCAGCAGCUCUCCCUCCCCGCUUUCAGACCCAGGAAGUUCUCCCGCUGAGGAACAACAGACACCAAGGGAGGAUUUAUGACUCUGCUCGCUCUGUUACACUUUCACACAUUCACACAUUCACACUUACACACACCUACAUGUAUAUAUACCAAGGGCGUACACUCACACCUUUCAUACCUACGCUUUCUCACACAAUCCCACAUGUCUGCAGAUGUACCGAAACACUGAACACACACAGGCUUUAAUAUUGAAUAGGAGGUGUUACAAGUGACGCUAUUCAGUAUGUGUGUAUUACCAAUAUUUAUGCUUACCGUAAGAGUAUUUCUCUAAGCCUUUAAAUUGUUUAUAAAUGUUGCUAAAUGUUACUCAUGGAGCUACUACCAUGCCUCACUAUUUCAAAUGAGCUCAGGUCACAUGGUUCAUUACACUUGACAUCACUUUCGUUUGUGUAUAAGUGUCUAAAUUUACUUUAAAUCUCAGCGAGGAGUUCCAGGUUUUAAAGGAUGAGGCUGGCAAUUUUCUGUCAGUACAUCUGAAACCAACAACUGAUUGAUCUCUGUUACUGAAACAGGAGUAAGAAGUGUAUUUUUUGGGGGGGGUUUUAUUACACAGAGGAGUAAACUAUAUCAGGUUUUAUCUACACAGACAAUAAGAAACAUGUUUAAUCAGCAGACUUAUCUUUUAGGAUCAUGCUUGAUGGUUUUGUAUGUUUUUCUCCUGUUAAAAAUAACAUGAACCUCCUACACAGUUAUUUAGAUCCAUGUCAGUUUGGCAUUAAAACAAUUUGCAGAGACACUAAAGCUAAUUUAUUAUAGUGAGAAUGUUAAUGACAUAUCACACUUAUUGUUUUAAUACCAAAAUCAAUCAAAAUUAUAUUGUAAUUUAAUGGUAAGGCAAUUAUAUGUUGGGAUUUCCUUGAUGAUGCGUUCAGCUGCUAGUGGGAAAUGCCAGCAUCCUAACUUCAGCAAGGUAUUUGUCCCUUUCACCAAAUCUGUACUUGCUGCUUGUGUUGUAGGCAAAGUUGUAAAUCUCUUAAUUUUUGAUGAUGUCCAUGAAUGCAUCAUCAAGGAAUCUGAAUUGCAACUGAAUUAUCAUGAAACAAUAACAUAACAUAAAGUGACCUCUUGGGGAUAGUGUGAAGAAGUGUUUGAGAUUUUAAGUUAACAGACCCUAAACAUACAAAACCAUCAGUGUGUUUUCUUAAUGUCUGAGCCGAUGACACAUUUCAGAGUGCAGCAGGAUGCAGGAAAAAGAAAGUAAACGCUGCAUUUUUAUGACCACUGCAAAGGUUCAGGUUAGUUCAGAUAGGUUCAGUACUAGUUAGUGAGUUAUAUCAGCUUCAGUUUGUCAUAUCCCUGCUCAGUGUCGAGUUGCGAUCGCUGUUUUUUCUGUCGUGAUGCAGCUUUUCUGCCUCCUCUGACAUCUUAAAUGACAUUUUUGAGUUAUUUGUCUGACGUUCCUCCAGUUUGGGGGGCAAAUAAUCUGACCUCUGAGCAGCUCGGCUCAUAAACUCACAUCUAAGUGCUGAUUGUAUUUUAUGUCGUUGACCCCCUUCGUGUAUCCGAGCGCUAUGUUAACUUCUGCAUAGGAAAUUUUGCACUAUCACAUUGUGAAUCUGUGUCUUCUGAGUGAUUCAGUCGGUUUUAAAAGGGCUUUUUUGUCUCAUUUGUUGUGGAAGAAGCUCAUUGCAACUAUUUGUUUAUAAUACAGUGCCAAAUACAAGUGAAUUGUAUAAUCUAAUCUGAAGAGCCUGCCUCUGUUACAUCCUUUGCACAUUAUUUAUAUAAUGAAGAUAUUUUGGUAUUAAACUGUAU